CUGCCCUUCGAAGUGUGACACCAACCCAACCAGAAACGCCGUGUUUCGCCGUCCUCCGUCUGCCGUUGGACUGAAGGCCGCCGUUUCCGUCGGUCUGUGCUGCACUGCUCUCCCCGGUUCCGACCACCACACGACGCCUCAGAGCCCCCUUGCGUCGAGCAACUCUCCCCGCCUUCCAAGAAGACAGGCCCCACGCCGUCUGUCUCGGUCUCUGCCCCUGACUUCUCCUCUGUCCCUGCGCCGCUCCGUCCGCCUUUUUCCCCUCUCUCUCUACCCUCUGUUUGUCCCCUCUCCGGAACCGCGACCGUGACCAAUGGAGGCCGCCACAAGCAUCACGGCAGCAAAUGGGAAGCACUACCCAGCUCCUUCUCACGGCAAGCCCAUAUUAAUCAGUGAAUGAGUUCUUUGAUAUAUUGCUUUGGAAAGUUUCUCGUUAAAUUGUAGAUUUCUGCCUCUUUAUCUAUGCUAAUGAAUGAAGCCAUUCCACUCUCUCAUCGAGAGCUCUGCGUGUUCUUUGUUCAAGGUUUUAGAAAUCCAUUGUCGGGCAAUCAAAUUAGGUGCCAUCGCUGACAUCUACACCGCGAACAAUAUUCUAAGUUUGUAUGCAAAAUCCAGGGAGUUAUGUUUUGCCCGCAAGCUGUUUGUGGAAAUGCCCCGCAGAGACACUGUUUCUUGGAAUACAAUGAUCGCUGGGUAUGUACAUUGUGGGAACGUCGAGACUGCGUUCGAGAUUCUAAGAACCAUGAAGAUAUGUGGCUUUGAUUUUGAUGGGUAUACAUUUGGAAGCAUACUCAAGGGGGUUGCUUCUGCUUAUCGGCUUGAUAUUGGGGAGCAAGUGCAUUCGAUGAUAGUCAAGAUGGGCUAUGCUGCAAAUGUUUAUUCGGGUAGUGCACUUUUGGACAUGUAUGCGAAGUGCGGGAGAGUUGAGGAUGCAUAUGUGGUGUUUCAGUGCAUACCAGAGCGUAACUCAGUUUCGUGGAAUGCACUGAUAGCUGGUUAUGUGCUGGUUGGUGAUCCUGGGACUGCAUUUUGGCUGUUAGAUUGCAUGGAGCGGGAGCAUGUGGAACUUGAUGAUGGUACAUUUGCUCCGCUUUUGACAUUGCUCAAUAAUACUGAGUUUUACAUGUUAGCAAUGCAGAUUCAUGGUAAAAUCAUAAAACACGGGCGGGCAUUUGACAAUACUGUAUGCAAUGCCUUAAUCACUUCAUAUUCAGAGUGUGGGUCCAUAGAAGAUGCCAAAAGAGUAUUUGAUGGUGCUACUGGCAACCGGGAUUUGGUGACAUGGAAUUCCAUGCUCGCUUCUUACCUUGUACACAAUAAAGAAGAACUUGCAUUUAAACUCUUCAUGGAUAUGCAAUGGCUUGGGUUUGAUCCAGACAUCUAUACUUACACUAGUGUCAUUAGUGCUUGUUUUGAUGGAGCACAUAAAAACCAUGGGAAAUCCUUGCAGGGAUUGGUAAUAAAAAGGGGACUGGAACAAUCAGUACCGAUAUCUAAUGCAUUAAUAGCCAUGUAUCUCAAAUCAAAUAACAGAUCCAUGGAAGAAGCAUUGCUCAUUUUCGAAGCCAUGGAGUCCAAGGACCGUGUUUCUUGGAAUUCUAUUUUGACUGGACUUUCGCAAAUUGGCUUGAGUGAAGAUGCCUUGAAAUUCUUUGGACACAUGAGAUCUGUGGUAGAAGACAUUGAUCACUAUACCUUUUCAGCUGUUCUUAGAUCUUGCUCAGAUAUAGCAACCCUCCAAUUGGGUCAACAGGUUCAUGUCUUGGCACUUAAGUCAGGAUUCGAGUCCAAUGAAUUUGUUGCAAGCUCAUUGAUCUUCAUGUAUUCCAAGUGUGGGAUCAUUGAAGAUGCUAGGAAAUCCUUUGAAGGCACCCCCAAAGACAGCUCAAUCACUUGGAAUUCGAUCAUUUUUGGGUAUGCACAACAUGGGCAGGGAAAUGUUGCACUUGACCUCUUCGACCUAAUGAAAGAGAGUAGGGUGAAACCUGAUCAUAUAACAUUUGUUGCGAUCCUAAGUGCAUGUAGCCAUAUUGGCUUGCUAGAGGAAGGAUGCAGGUUUCUGAAAUCUAUGGAAUCAGAAUAUGGGAUUCCACCGAGAAUGGAGCAUUAUGCCUGUGGGGUUGAUCUAUAUGGGCGUGCUGGGUGUCUCAGUGAGGCAAAAGCUUUGAUUGAGGCAAUGCCUUUUGAACCUGAUGCAAUGGUAUGGAAGACUUUACUUGGGGCCUGUAGGAUUUGUGGUGACAUUGAAUUAGCUACUCAGGUAGCAAGCCUUUUGCUAGAGAUAGAGCCCAAAGAGCACUGCACUUAUGUUCUUCUCUCGAACAUGUAUGGGCGUCUUAGGCAGUGGGAUGCAAAGGCUAGCGUGACCAGGCUUAUGAGAGAAAAUGGGGUGAAAAAAGUCCCUGGUUGGAGUUGGAUGGAAGUUCACAAUGAGGUGCAUGCUUUUAAUGCAGAAGAUCAUUCCCACUCCCAUUGUGAAGAGAUAUACCUUGCAUUGGGUGGACUAAUGGAGGAAAUCAAGAGCUUGGGUUUUGUUACUAGUUCAAAGGUUUUGAUGCAUGAUGUUGAUCACGUGGAUGAGUGUAUUGAUUCAACACUUUGUUUGGGUUAGCUGCUGUGACUAAUGGUAGACAAGUUGUAGUUCGGAAGAUACUAAUUCGUGUUUUAUUUGAAAAAAGAUCGUUCGUAGUCCAAAUUUUGGAGCUUAGAGUUCAACAGUGGGAACUGUUUUUGAUGGCAUUUUCUGAAAUAAAGUUCCCCUUUUUUACUUUAAGGAACAAAAAAAAAAAAAGUUGCUCUUAUGCAUAGCCUGUGGAUCAGCAGAUGGGGUGCCUCUCCAUUAGUGUUCUGAUUUAGUUGCUGCUUGUUUUCAUUUUAGGG